CGGUGGGCGACCCUGAUACACGGAGAUGCCCAUUCAAAGGUUCAUGUUAUCAGUCACUGUGAGGAUUUAGAGGUUUCUUUUCUUGUCAAGUGUGAAUAAGAGGUACCAUUUUACCCUUUUCUCAAGGUCCAAGAUAUGACUCGACAUGAUGAGGUUUCGGAGCCAGUUGACAAAUAUUGCCACGUUCACUAAAUUCACAGCGUCACUCUCAUCUCUGGGGAAAAUAUGCUGGGUGCGGCUUGAGGAAGAGCAUGUACGCUUCACAAUCAUUCCCGACCAAGGAACCCAGGUAUGGGCGCAGUUACCAAUUGAAACAAUAUUCGAUUCCUACUCGUUCUCGGCUGCUGCAGGUGUGAUCAACCUCGAAGUUCCGAUAGCGGCUCUGCACCGGGCCCUUAAAUCGGCGACUGAUGCGGCGUCAGCAACUUUACGCCUGACCAAAAAAGGAUCUCAGCCCCUUCUUGCUCUAACAAUUGUCAGUUCCUCCUGGACAGAUGGCAAAAACGCCCUUGGCGUUUCUCCUGCCCCCGGGUCCACCUCCCGAACUCAAACGGGAAAUCCUACGCAGCCACCAUAUUCCACGGAACAAGAAGGUCCCCAGCUAGGACCACGCGAACGCGAGACAUUAAUCACCCAAGAAGUACCCGUCCGCGUGCUCCAUCCAUCCGUCGUGGAGACACUCCACGAACCACGUUGUCGCGAACCUGACGUUCACAUUAUUCUUCCCAGCUUAAUCCAGCUCAAAAACAUCUCUGAGCGAUUCAACAGAUUAGCUGCAGACACCAUGAAGAGUACCGGCUCCACUUUGGUCGGCGGCGUUAGCACCGGUCCAAAACUGGAGUUAAGUGCAAAUAUGCACGGUUCAUUGAGACUGGGGAUUGCGACGGAUACUCUGAAGAUCUCGAGUGUGUGGACAGGAUUGGUCAAUCCAGAGCUUGAUCCCGCGCAGGUAUCCCAAGACGAGGCGCAUGUGCUACCCAGUGAGCGAAUGAGGGCAUUAGGUGGGGAGAAUGGCGAAAACGAGGAGGGGUGGGCGACUGUACGAAUAGAUGGUAAAGACUGGGGACGCGUCUUAAGCGUCGGGCGACUGAGCCCAAGGGUCGUUGCUUGUGAGUUUAUAGACGCACAGCCCAGAGUUUAAACUCUCAUUGGUUGCGUCUGCUUUUCGAUAUCCACGCUUACUUUGGUCCCUAGGUUUCAUUCAUAAUACCGCUUUGAUUCUAUAUGUAUAUCUCCAGGAUAGCUGUAGCGGAGACGACUCCUGUUUAACCUAUUAUAUUAAUUCUUAUGCCACCUAAAACCGCAGUAAAUCAAUACCUUCCCAAACUGCAUACCAAACACACUAGCUGAAGAUAUUUCUGGCGCUUACGGUGGAUAUAACAAAGACGAAUAGGCUUCAGGUUUAUGGCAAAGGGGGCGGCCUUUCUCGCACCCAUGAGUUGGUCUGAGCUAGAUAAAAUGUCUGCACGAGACAAAAAAGACCAUCAGAGAUUCAAAGGAACUCAAAUCAGAAAGACAUGUAGUGAAAUGGUCUCUAUGAAGAUUAAGUACAUGGUUAUUUCUUUGGAAGCUUCGUAUAAUACACAGGCUGAACUUCAAGUGCAAAAAAACAAACGUCAAGUAGAAGGAUAUAAAACUAAGGGUCCGUAAGGAUGAACCCGAA